AUGACUGAACAGUUCAUCCACGACGUUAUCAUCAUCGGUGCUGGCCCCUGUGGCCUGGCCGUGGCCUCUCGGCUGUGCGAGCACUCGCCCUCAGCUCUCUUCACAGACGAGGAACAUCAACGAUACCACUGGAUCCGCAAGUACGGCCGCCGGAUGCCCUUGAAGAAUAGAAAGAAUGGUAGCGUUAUCGAGAAGAGAACACCGAGUCAGGCACAACGUUUCUCGACGCUGGUGUUGGACGCAACAGGAGAUGAGUGGUUGAACCGCUGGAACCGUCUCUUCAAGACGUUCGAUAUCACUCAUCUUCGCAGUCCAAUGUUCUUCCACGUCGAUCCGAGUGAUCGCGACGCCUUACUCGCUAGAGCCCAUGAGCAGAACCAGGAGCAUGAGCUACAAGAGCUGAGGGCCUGUGUUGGCAAGGAGAUCAGCAAGCACCUGCGCAAGGCGAGACUCAAGUCGCGGAACCCAAAACAGCAUGCCGUUGUGGAAGUGGAUGAGCGAGACCGGAAAGACUACUUUACACCACCAACAACACUCUUUGCCAACCACUGCGAAUGCAUAGUCGACCGAUACGGCCUUCGGGAAGGUCUCAUUCAAAACGAGAAAGUCGAAGACAUCCAGUACCGCAUCGUUAAAGAAGUCUCACCAGACACAAAACUCUUCGAAGUCCACUCAAAUAAGACCACUCAUUACGCAAAAGCCGUCGUACUCGCUGUAGGUCCAGCGAACGCACCCACGAUUCCUCCCGUACUUGGCCUCAACAGCGAGCUCGGCUCAACCCCUCCACAGGUCUGCCACAGUAUGCAGAUCCAAAAGUUUCCAGACCCGGUCGUCCAGGCUAAGAUCGCCGCGCACAAGACGACAAAUGUGCUUGUCAUAGGCGGCGGCCUCACAUCAGCACAGCUCUCAGAUCUCGCUAUCCGCCGCGGCGUGACCAAAGUCUGGCACCUCAUGCGUGGGCCCUGCAAGGUGAAGCCCUUCGACAUUGACCUCGCGUGGAUGGGCAAGUUCCGCAACGUCGAGCAGGCCUACUUUUGGUCGGCCGACUCAGACGAGGAGCGACUGAAGCAGAUUCAGAGCGCCCGUGGCGGCGGUAGCAUCACGCCGCCGUACCAGAAGCGGUUGAAGCAGCAUAUUGCGCGCGGGACGCUGGAGCUGCGGACGAACACGAGGCUUGCUGAAGCGCACUACGAUGGAGAGAAGAGGGUUUGGGAUGUUAAGACGGAGCCGGCCGAAGAUGGAAUGCCGGGAAUGGAUUAUAUCUACUUCGCGACGGGAGUGCAGACGGAUUAUGCAAAGCUGCCAUACCUGCAGACGAUGUUGAGAGACCAUCCUAUCCACGGGCACGGGGGUAUACCUUGUAUCAACGAUGACCUGAUGUGGUCGCAGGACGUACCGUUGUUUGUUACAGGUCGGAUGGCGGCUCUUAGAUUAGGUCCUGGUGCGGCCAAUCUCGCGGGAGCGAGAGCGGGUGCCGAGAGGAUUGCGUGGGCUAUCGAGGAUCUGCUACCGGACAGGACCGGCGACUCCUUGGAGGAUUCUCAGAUGAAUGAGGAGAUGAAGUUCGUCACGGGUAGAGGAAACCGAUUUGAUAGCUUAGCAACAGCCGGGGGCGAAGACUGCUAG